CUCCGGAGGCGCAAGAUGGCGGCGCCCGGCGGGGCGGCCGCGGCCCCGAUCCCGAACCAGAUCCCGAACCAGAUCCCGAUCCCGAUCUCGGUCCCGGCCCCGCCGCCGUUCCCGACCUGGCUCGCGGCGCGGCUGGACGCGCUGGGGCUGGACCGCGCCGUGUACGGCGCCUACAUCGAGGGGCUGCUGCGGGAGGAGGAGAGCGACGAGGAGCGGCUGGAGGCGCUGCGGGCCGUGCUCGCCGCCUGCCUGGAGGAAGAUCUCCUGAACGAUGUGUGCAGGGAGGUGGUGGAGAAGUGGUCUGACUCUCAGGUUGUUGAUGCCAAAGAGGAAAAAGAAGAUGAGGUGCAGGCCAUCGCCAGCAUGAUGGAGAAGCAGGCCAGGAUCGUGGUGAAGCCCAAGGAGGUCUCCUCCCAGGAGGAGAAGCAGAGGAAGGCUGCUCUGCUGGCCCAGUACGCCAACGUGACUGACGAGGAGGAUGGUGGGGAUGAGCAGGAUGGACCGACUGGGACAGCAGUAAACAUUGGAUCUGAAAAAUCGCUGUUCCGGAACACCAACGUGGAGGACGUGCUGAACGCCAGGAAGCUGGAGCGGGAGCUGCUGCGGGAUGAGUUCCAGAGGAAAAAAGAGCAGGAUAAACUGCAGAGGGAGAAGGACAAGCUGGCCAAGCAGGAGCGGAAGGAGAAGAAGCGGACACAGAAGGGCGAGCGGAAGCGGUAGCCGGUGAUUCCCAGUUGGACUCUCGAGGGAUAAAAUUAAUUCUGAAUACGGUGUGUGUUUAAAAAAGCAGCAGGAAUUGUGGGCACGUGGCUGGGAGUGGUUCUUGGGAGGUGUUUCCUUUUUUUUUUUUAUUUUAUUUGGUUUGUUAAUAGCAGAAAAGAAACUCUGGGCAGCUCCUGGCCCCGUGUGCCCUGUGCUUGUGGUGUCAGUGUCCCCGUCGGUGCUCGUGGCCAGUGUCUGUACCAAAGAAGGGUGAAGUGAUUAUGUUCAUGGUGUUCAGUUGAUCCAUUUGUACUUCUGACCACCCCAGAGCAGAGCACGGUGGAGGAGUUUGGUCAGGUCAGGACACGCUGCUGCUCCGGGGCAGACGUGACUUUAUUUACACGAGCCUUGAAAAACGUCCUUGCAAAUCCCUGUGUUUGUGCUGCC